AGCAAUAACUACUUGUGUCGUAUUAAUAUGUCCCAAAUAUUGCAUGGGACUAAAAAUAUUUAAAAUUUUUUUGAAGUAUUCACUGUUUGUGUGAAAUUCAAAUUUAACUGGCAUCUUGUAUUUUACCUGGCAACGAUAUAUGGAGGGUAAAGCUAACAGGUGCACAUAAGAACUGGGCGCUGAAAUUUCAUAGAGAAUAAAAGAAGAAGAAAAAAGUUUGAUUGGUGGAAUUCACCUAGAAGAACAAAACUAUUACUCCAUUAUUUUAAUGGAAAAAGUUAAUUCUUACAUUGAGUAACUUAAAGUUUGUGAUAACAUUAAGUUAUAACUAAGAAUGGAUGGAGAAUUAUUGAUUGAUUGGGGACAUCAUUUUUUGGGUCUGGCUUCUGUGACCACCUUAAGAGUUAUUAUCAGGUUAUUAAUUAAUUCAGAUAUGUAUACCUCAGUCUAUCUACAUUGCCUCAGUGAGGAGGUCUGGGUCCUUCAAGGCUUCAAAGUGACUUCUCUCUGCCCUUCUCCCACCCACUCCCUCAUUUUGUAUCCAGUUCCUGGGCCACCUCACCUGGGUCACCUCCUCACUGAACCCCUCCAGCCGGGACGAGCUCCUGCAGCUGCUGGACACCGCCAGGGUGAGGCCCUGGAGAGGGGGGGAGGACAGGGUCUUGUCCCCUUCGCCCUCUCCCACCCGAGUUCCUCCGGGACCCAGGAGAUCCGACCCACCCCGCAGCAGUUGAAGGAGCUGCCGCUGAAGACCACGGCGGAGCAGGACAGCAUCCUGAGCCUGUCGGCCCGCUGCCUGCUGCUCACCUGGCGCGACAACGAAGAGCUAAUCCUGCGUAUCCCCACGCACGAGAUCGCCGCCGCCUCCUACCUGCAGGACGACGCGCUGCACCUGCUGGUGCUUAAGACCGGUCUGGGCGUGGACCCGGUGCCAGCCGGCGUCGACGCCAGCCCCGGCGGCGCGGGGCGCGACCCAGGCCCGCCGGGCGCGGCGCCAGAGAAGCGGCGGGUGGGCACCACGGAGCGGCGCCACACCAUCUGCAGCCUGGACUGGCGGAUGGCGUGGGGCGGGGGCGCGGGCUCAGAGGCCCGGGCCGGGGGCGGCGGCGGCGGCGGCGGCGGCGGCAGCCUGGAGCGCCAGCGCGCCGGGGCGCGGGCGUCGGGCAGCUGGGAGCGGCGGCAGACGUUCAGCGGCAGCUGGGAGCGGCGGCACGGCGGCGGCGGCGGCGCGGGCAAGCCGGGCGGCAGCUGGGAGCGGAGGCAGGCGGGCGGCGGCGGCGGCGGCAGCUGGGAGCGGCGCCACCCGGGCUCCAACCCACUCGACCCGCAGGACCCCAGCCCCGACGCCUACUGCAACCUUGUCAUCCUGGCUGUGGCCAACAGGGAUGCUGCCGAGGAAUCCUGUGCCCUCAUCUGUCAGGUCUUCCAGAUCAUCUACGGAGACCAGAGUAUCGAGUGCGUGGACCGGGCCGGCUACCACUACACGUCAACGCCUGAGCGGCCGUGGCUGUGCAGUCGCAGUGAGAGCUGCCGCACAGACGGGACAUACGCCUAUGACGCCGACUUCAGCUGCUGCAGCUCCUUCAAUGGCUCCCAGGAUACAUUUGAAGCGUGUUACAGUGGCACGUCCACACCCUCUUUCCACGGCUCCCACUGCAGCGGCAGCGACCACAGCGGCCUGGGCCUUGAGCAGUUGCAGGAUUACAUGGUCACGCUGCGGAGUAAAUUAGGGCCCCCCGAGAUCCAGAAGUUUGCAAUGCUGCUGCGGGAGUACCGGCUGGGGCUGCCCAUCCAGGACUACUGCUCAGGCUUGCUGAAGCUCUAUGGGGACCGGCGCAAGUUCCUCCUCCUUGGGAUGCGGCCCUUCAUCCCGGACCAGGACAUUGGCUACUUCGAGGGCUUCCUGGAGGGCGUGGGCAUCCGCGAGGGGGGCAUCCUCACCGACAGCUUCGGCCGCAUCAAGCGCAGCAUGAGCUCCACGUCGGCGUCGGCCGUGCGCAGCUACGACGGGGCGGCCCAGCGGCCCGAAGCGCAGGCCUUCCACCGGCUGUUGGCCGACAUCACGCAUGACAUCGAGGCGCUGGCACCGGACGAUGAGAGCACCGACGAGGAGGCCAGGGACUCCCCGGGUGGGGGCGACACGGUUGAGGACAACUACCUGUAGCCGCCACCCACGCAGAAGGCGGGGAAGCAUCCUCAAUCCCACCUGUGUCUCACUCGCUCCUGCCUGUGGGACCCCAGCCCCAGGGCCCCGCUCCCGGGGUGUCCAACCUCGCCCUUGGCGCUCCAGUCCCUGCAAUACCGAGAAUGUCCUGCAGGGGGCGGGACCCCAAAAUCGCAGGCAGUUGCCGGAGGCUCAGCCAGCCCCUCUGCCAGACCUGGGUGGGCAACAUUCUACUGUGUCACUAGCCCCAGGUGCCAGGGACAGCCCCUCUCUCCCGCCACUCCUGCAGCUUUCUGGAGGCCAAAGGACAGAUGAGGAGUGGGCUCCACCUGCUGACAGACUGAGAAAAGACUUCCCAGAGCCCAGAGACCUCUUGUUCUUCCCAUUUUACAGUUUGAGAAACUGAGGUUCAAAAAAAGGUGAAGGAACUUGAGGAAACCUCCUAUUUCUUCUGAGAUAUUACCUCAAAGUACACAUACAAUAGCGUAGAGGGCCUUUUUAAGACUCUAAAUGGCAGGGUCGCCCCUCCCCUGAUGGCAGGAAUUGGAUCACCAGUGUGGCAUAUCUCCACUGACAGUUGGGUCAGAGGUAGGUGAUGGGGGUCCCAGUCUUGGCCCUAAGACUCUGAACAAGUUGCUUGUUCCGAUCUUGGAUUGGGAGCCAGACAGACCUAGGUCUCCUGUCUGGUUCGUGUUCUCACCCCUUGGUGACUUCCAUUCCCUAAUCUGUCCCAUGAGGUCGGCCCCAUCCACCUCACAGGGUUGGUUGUGGGGAUUAACAAAAGCACAAGGCCUUAGUGCUGGGUCUAGCCCAUAGUAGGCACUCAAUAAAUGUUCCCUUCCGCUUCUAA